AUCAAGCACCUAGGCAUGCAGACUGCUUCUAGAAACAUUUGUGAAAGAAUGGGUCACUCUCAGGAGCUCAGUAAAUUCAAGCGUGGUACAGUGAUAGGUGGCCUCCUGUGCAAUAAGUCCAUCUGUGAAAUUUCCCUGCUACUAAAUAUUCCACGGUCAACUGUUGGUGGGAUUAUAAGUGGAAGCAACUGGGAACAACAGCAAAUCAGCCACAAAGUGGUAGGCAACGUAAAAUUACAGUCAGUGCAUGCUGAAGCACACAGUGCGCAGAAGUCGCCAACUGUCUGCAGAGUCAAAAGCUAAAGACCUCCAAACUUCAUGUGGCCUUCAGAUUGGAAACAACAGUGUGCAGAGAGCUUCAUGGAAUGCGUUUCCAUGGCUGAGCAGCUGCAUCCAAGCCUUACAUCACCAAGUACAAUGCAAAGCGUUGGAUGCAGUGGUGUAAAGCACGCCGCCACUGGACUCUAGAGCAGUACUUGCCUGACUCCAUUGUGCCAAGUGUAAAGUU